UUUUAUGUUUCGGUUAUGUAAUGCCAAUAAGCAGCGAAAGAGCGACGCGGAUAAAAACAGUUGCCUUUGACAUAAAAGACAUUAAAGGAAAGUCAACGAAAGCUCAUGUAAAUAUUCAGGAGAAGAAUCAUUUUCUAACAAUUGCACCUGCUUUACCAAUUUUACCAGGAGCACCUGUACCACCAAAACUAUCUAAACGCUGUUAUAAUUCAUAUAGCCCAGCAGAUUCUCCAUUUAACGUAGAACAUGCAAAAGCUGAGAACUCUAAUACAAUUACACUGCAAUGGACAAGCGAAGGAAAAACUAUUGUUGCAACAAGAACAAUUGCAGAGAAAGAAAAGAAUCCUGAUAGAAUAUGUCUUGAUAGACGGGGUCUUACUAUAUUUCCAAAUAUAGUCGAAGAACCACGAUUACGUUUAUUGUCCCUCCAACAUAAUCUUCUUACAAAGAUUGAAAAUUGUAACUUCCCUCAGUUGACGAAAUUAGUGUUUCUUGAUUUGUAUGAUAAUCAAAUUGAAAAAAUUUGUAAUUUUGAAUUGUUAGGAAAUUUAAGAGUAUUAUUAAUUGGAAAAAAUAGAAUAAAAAAGAUUGAAGGCCUAAAACAGCUUUCUAAAUUAGAGGUGCUAGAUCUCCACGGAAAUCAGAUUUUACAAGUAUCAGAUUUAGAUAAUCUUGCAUCUUUAAAAGUACUUAAUUUGGCUGGUAAUAAUAUUAAAGCGAUAGGCUAUCAUGACUUCCAAGGAUUAACAUCGUUAAAAGAGUUAAACCUCAGGCGUAAUAAAAUCAAAAAAUUAUUAGGUUUUAGUGAAACACCACAACUACAGAAAUUAUAUUUAAGCAAUAAUGACAUUCAAAAAAUUGAAGAUGUAGGAAGUCUUGCAAAAGCAUUGCACCUUAGAGAAAUAACAAUUGAUGGAAACCCUAUAACUCUGAAUGGGGACUAUGUUUCCUUCCUUGUGUCAUAUUUACCAAAUUUGCAGUUUUUAUCCACUAUGCAAAUCACAGAACAAAUUCGAAGAACUGCUACGGCCUGGAGGACAUCUAAGGAACAAAGUAAUUCCAUUUUUUUAAACCUCAGCGCGCAAGUUUGUAUGAAUGCCAGACGGGAAGAAGUUAUAUCAAAUGCUAAAAUAAAUUGGGAGCUUCUCAGAUGUCAUUCUAAAUCCUCUGCAGAUAACAAUGGAAACAAUGUUCGAAAGAGUAAUGUUAAUCCACUGCAAGUUCAAAGAUCGAACGCGUUCAAACCUAAAAACUUAGAGAAAGUAAAGUCAAAAGGUUUUGGAAGUUUGACUUCCAUAAAUGAAAACAUUGAAGCAACAAAAAUAAACAUAAAGAAAAGAAGUAAUUCCAGUGAUAAUUUAUUUCGACUAAAAGACACAACUAAAACGUGUCCAUUGGAAUUUAAACUUCCACCAAUUUUGGGAUCUAUUGUAGAUAAUUUAAUUAAUAGUAAAUUCGAUGAAAAAGUAGGUAAAGGUAGUAAAGGCUUGAUAAAAGCAAAAACUAGCAGUAACGUUGGUAGUGCAUCGAGCAGCGAUUCAGAAAGUUCAGAAAGUCACGAAAAUCUGAAAAGUUGCUUGAAAUCUCAUCUGUUAAACUCUAACAAACAUAUUUCUCCUUGUAAUGUCAAUGAGUUUGUAACUAAUGAAAUAUUCAAUUGUCUGAGUGGUUCUGCGCCAACAUUAGAAACCACAAUUAAUGAAGCAGAAGAUAGUAAAAAUUGUAGAGUUUUCAAAUCUUCUGAAGUAUUAAUAAACGAUGACAAAGAUUUAACAAAAAUCGGUCAGAAAAUAAAAAUUCACGAUCAGCAAAGUUUAAGCGAUUGUCAAUCCAAGUCGAGCGUCGGUUCCUCUGGAUAUUGUUCUUCUAAAACUAGCAGUAUGGAUAGUUGUAAAUCAGUAUUGAGCGAUUCCAGUACAUCUCCUGUCACUAAAAAUGUCUUAUUAAAGUGCAAAAGUUUUGAGAAAGAUAAAAAUAGGGUAAAGAGUGCUCAGGUAAAGAAAAUUGUGAGUUAUAAAAGUAAUAGAGCAGCAACUGCUAGAGCUAAAUACAGAGCUUUAACACCACAGAGUCCUCCUCCUUUGCAAAAUCCACCAAAGGAAAGAGAACAAGGUGGAGAUUAUUUAAUAGAAAUAGUCGGUCGAUGUUUAAACGUUUACGGCCAAGGUGCAUUACGUUUUAUCGAUCGACCAUGGGAUUCUUCAAAAGCUGAAGAUGUUAAUGUAGUUAAAUUCAAUUAUGUACAGUUCAAUGAUGUGGCCAAAGUUUUAUGUAAAAUAAAAAAUAGAUUCUCGAACGUAGAACAUUUUGUGUUUAAAGAAACUAACAUCAGUUACCUUGGGCAGCUUAAUGCUUUAGCCGAAGUACAAGGAUUAACAAGCAUUCACAUAGAGACAGGAAAUCCAAUUAUCUCAAAAGACUGGAAAGUGUAUGCUAUAUUUCGUUUAGCUCAUUGGGGACUCAAAAUUAUCAAUGGAAAAGAAAUUACAAGUGAAGAAAUCGACCUAGCAAAUAAAGAAUAUGCUGGUCUUGUCGACAUAGUAAUGUACUCGCUACCAGAGUCUUUGUUACAACCUUUGUUACAAAGACUACAUUUAGAAAAAGUGCAAAGGCAAAGUGAAGAACAAAUUACUGCCAAACAGUUCUUACUUAACAGCGAUCCAGCUCUCAGAAGUGUGGUUGCCAAAGAGGCAUUGCAAUGGAGAAAAGGAAGUAUAACACAGGAAGAUCUUAUUUGGAGACACAGAGGGAAAGUACAUCUGUUGAACUUAAUUAAUCUCACUGUAGAUGCAAUACAAAAAUUGCAGUUACUUGAAAAUAAAUGGCCAAAUAUUUUAUGUGAAAUAAUUCAGACCACUUUAUCUGAUUUUUCUGAAAUGGAUGCAUACAUGAAACGUUGCAACGAAACACUUGAAAGUGAUAAACGAUAA